CGCCUUGUUCCAUUGACGUCCUUGGGCUCUCCUAUUCAACCUUCCAACCUACUACCUCUACCACCUAGACCAAACAGACACAAUGUCCGCCGAGGCCGCCAUCGAUCUCAAGAAGCCCGCUCCUGUCGCCGACAAGGCCGAGAAGGAGGAGGAGAAGGGCCUCUCCAACGAGGUCAUCACCAAGUACACCACUGCCGGCCAGGCGCUCAACGAGGUCCUCAAGAAGCUCAUCCCCCAGAUCACUGCUGGCAAGAAGGUUCUUGAGCUCUCCAUCGAGGGUGACAAGCUCGUCGCCGAGGCCGUUGCUCCUCUGUACAACAAGGCCAAGGCCGGUGUCAAGGUCACCAAGGGCUCGGCUUUCCCCACCUGUGUCUCGGUCAACAACGUCGUUUCGCACGUCUCGCCCCUCCCCUCUGACCCCGAGGUUGUCCUCAAGGACGGCGACGUUGUCAAGGUCCAGCUCGGUAUCCAGAUUGACGGCUACGCUGUCAUCCACGCCGAGACUGUCCAGGUUGGAAGCAAGACUGAGGGUGCUGCUGCCGACGCCAUCAAGGCCGCCUACGAGGCUGCCCAGGCUGCCAUCCGCACCCUCAAGCCCGGAGCCAAGAACUGGGACGUUACCGAGGUUGUCCAGAAGGUCACCAAGGAGUACGGUGUGCUCCCCGUCCAGGGCAUGCUCUCGUGCCAGCACGAGCAGAACGUCACCGACGGCAAGAAGCGCGUCCUCCUCAACCCCACCCCCGAGCUCCGUCGCGACCACGAGACGGCCACCUUCGAGGAGGGCGAGGUUUACGGUGUCGACGUCCUUGUCGUCACCGGCACUGACGCCAAGGCCCGCCCCGAGGACGCCCGUACUUCGGUCUACAAGCGCGCCAACGACGUUAACUACCAGCUCAAGAUGAAGACCUCGCGUGCUACCUUCUCCGAGGUCCAAAAGAAGUCGGGUGCCUUCCCCUUCACCCUCCGUGCCCUCGAGGACGAGCGCCGUGCCCGCAUGGGUGUCCAGGAGGCUGUUGCCCACGGUCUCCUCAAGCCUUACGAGGUUACCCAGACUGUUGCCGGCUCGGUUGUUGCCGAGUUCUUCUUCACCCUUGCCCUUCUCCCCGCUGGCCCCUUGUUGCUAUCCCCCCAGCCCGUCUGGUACUCGGCCGACAAGGUCAAGUCGGACAAGUCGAUCCAGGACGAGGACCUCAAGAACCUCAUUGCCGCUCCUCUGCGUGCGCCCAAGAAGAAGGCCAAGAAGGCCGCCGCUGCCACCAACGGUGCUUAAGAACUUUGUGUCGAUGUAGCAUGACAGCAGCAGCAGGAAGAAGAAGCCAUUUCUAUAGCGCGCAAUGGGUUGCGCCGCAAAUGCAGUGCGUUUGAUCUUC